AUGGGCAAGAAGAGCGUGUACGAGAAAUGGACGAAGGAGGGGCUUAUUAAACGCAUACAAGCCCUAGAGGCAGCUAGUCUUGCGGCAGGUGUGGCGCUGCCCCCGGAGGUCCCAGCCCUCCCGGAGAAGAAAAAGACGAUCGAUCCGUCGAAGUACUCCACGCGCCUCGUCGCCUUCAAGUUGGCGUACUUUGGCAAGCGCUAUGGCGGAUUUGAAUUUUCGCUUCAUGCUAAUAUCCCGUCGAUUGAGGAGGAGCUGUGGAAGGCGUUUGUGAAGGCCUGUCUUAUCUUUCCUGAGAAUCCGGAAGUGGUUAACUGGGAUAGUUGGGAGUACUCGAAGUGCGGGCGCACGGAUAAAGGCGUGAGUGCAUUUGGCCAGGUCAUUGUUGCUCGGGUUAGGAGUAAUAGGCCUUUGCCGAAGAAGGAGGGACCUGUGGAGGGGGGCGAAGGGGAGGAAUCAGAGGCAGAAGAACAGCAUGAAUUCAACGACUUCCGGGAUGAGUUACCGUAUUGCAAGAUGUUGAAUAGGCUUCUACCACCGGAUAUUCAAAUGCUGGCGUGGUGUCCCACGACGCCUGCGGACUUCUCUGCGAGACACGAUUGUCGAGAGAGACAGUACCGAUACUUCUUCACACAGCCCGCGUUCGCACCGUUGCCUCGGAGUAUGGAGAACCCGGAUACCGCGAAAACUACGAAGAUAAAAGCUGGCUGGCUGGACAUCGAGGCUAUGCGGGUGGCCGCUAAGAAAUUUGAAGGCGUUCACGACUUCCGCAACUUUUGCAAGAUCGACUCGUGUAAACCGAACAUGAACUUUGAGAGAAAGGUGUUCGAGAGUGAUAUAGUAGAGGUCAAAGACUCCGGAACUGCUCUUCCGUUUUUGGAUGGCGACAACUUUAGACCUGAUCCAAGUUCGGGAUUGGAGCUGCAAGGCAAACUACCGAAAGUAUACUAUCUACACGUUCGGGGAACGGCGUUCCUGUGGCAUCAGAUACGGUGCAUGGCGGGCGUAAUAUUCUUGGUGGGUCAGGGGUUGGAAGAUCCGUCGAUAGUAGACAAGCUUCUGGAUAUCGAGGCUGUGCCAGGAAGACCAACUUACAUACUCGCGGAGGAAACACCGUUGGUGUUGUGGGAUUGCAUCUUUCCUAGGACCGAGAAGCCUGAGAACGCUUUAAAUUGGGUGCAUAUAGGCGACGACAGCCCGGGAAACCAGCACGGGAUGAUGGGUCUUAUGAACAUCAUGUGGGCGUACUGGCGCGAGAGAAAGAUCGACGAACUUCUGGCAAGCCAGCUGUUGAACGUAGUAUCCUCCCAGGCAGAUAUCACGCUCUGCAAAGACCCAAGAGCAAGGAUGCAGCUUUCAGCCACCACAAGGACGUUUGAAGGCGGUAAUACGGAACGCCUGGUAGGCAAGUAUCAACCGAUAAUGCAAAAGGUCAGACUCAUGUCACCGGCGCAACUUUUCGACAAGGAAGCCAAGAAGAAAGGUUAUGCGAGCGUAGCGGAGAUGGAGGAAGCAAAUGUAAGGAGGUCAGUGGAGAGGAGAGCACAGGUUGCGGCGCAAAUAAGUGAGCCGCCGCCGAUAGAGGAAGUGGUACUAGAGGAGGCAGUUGGGUAG